AAUAAAAGUCAUAUGUCAUAUGUAAAAGUCAGGUAAUUGUCAAAAUAGCCAACACAAGCCGUGUUUUUGUUGGUCAUUCUAGCUGAUUUUUCAAAAGCUGUACAUCAUUUAGUGAGAAAAAAAUGUUGCAACAAAAAUCAACCUAUACUGAUUAUCGAAAUAAUGCUGCAAUACAGCACCAAUUUAGUCCCUAUGCGGAUAAUGGAGGAAGCGUCGUUGCAAUAGCUGGAGACGACUUUGUGAUCGUUGGAGCCGAUACACGUUUAAGUGCAGGGUUUUCCAUCUACACUCGUGAGCAGAACAAGCUCUUUCGCUUGUCGAAUACCACGGUUUUGGGAUGCUCUGGUUGCUGGUGCGACACUCUGACUUUAACCAAAAUCCUGAAAUCUCGCAUGCAAAUGUAUCAGCAGGAACACAACAAAACCAUGUCGACCACUGCUUGUGCCCAAAUGCUUUCCACUAUGCUGUAUCACAAGAGAUUCUUCCCCUACUACAUCUCCAAUGUGCUGGUUGGUUUAGAUGAGGAUGGCAAGGGCUGCGUUUACAGUUACGAUCCAGUGGGGCAUUGCGAGAAGAGAACCUUCAGAGCUAGUGGAUCUGCUGGAGCUCUGCUGCAACCCCUUCUGGAUAAUCAGAUUGGUCAAAAGAACAUGCUGAAUGUUAAAGAAGAGCCAGUCACCAAAGAGAAGGCUCUUUCUGUUAUUAAGGAUGUCUUUAUUUCAGCUGCUGAAAGAGACAUCUACACGGGAGAUAGCAUUUUAAUUAACAUUAUCACUAAGGAUGAUGUGAAAGUAGAAACUUUCCAAUUGAGAAAGGAUUGAUUUAAUUUAUGGUUACUUUUUGUAUUUUCGAAACUUGAGUUAAUCAAUCAAUAAAUAUUCCGAAUCAA